UCGUUUUCCCGCCAUGGCCGAGGCUCCUCAGCCCGUGGAGACGGACCCCGACUUCCAACCGCUGCCCCGCCCGAGAUCCUGCACUUGGCCGCUGCCCCGCCCGGAGCUCGCGCCGCCAAGCCCGGGGCAGACUCCGGCUCCGACCCCGGCCAGGGCCGCUUCUCCGCCCCGCUGCGGUCGGGUGGCCGCGGCCCUUUGCGCCUCGUCGCCCGGAGGAGACCUGCUCAGCCUGCUGGAGGCUGGCGGCGGCGGCGGAGGCGGAGAAGGCUUCGAGGCGGCCGCCGGCGGAGGUUCUGCCGCCGACCUGGGCGCCCCGGGAGGCUGCCUCUGCGGGGACUUCCCGUGCCUCCAGCACCCGCAGCAGCAGCACCCGCAGCAGCAGCAGCAGUCGGGCCCGGCCUUGGCCUCGGCGCCCCGCAAGAGCAGCUCGUCCCGUCGCAACGCCUGGGGCAACUUGUCCUACGCGGACCUCAUCACCAAGGCCAUCGAGAGCGCCCCGGAGAAGCGGCUCACGCUGUCCCAGAUCUACGAGUGGAUGGUCAAGAACGUGCCCUACUUCAAGGACAAGGGCGACAGCAACAGCUCCGCCGGGUGGAAGAAUUCAAUUCGUCACAACCUCUCGCUGCACAGCAAGUUUAUCAGAGUACAGAACGAAGGAACAGGAAAAAGCUCUUGGUGGAUGCUCAAUCCAGAAGGAGGCAAAAGUGGCAAGUCCCCCAGGAGAAGGGCUGCAUCCAUGGACAACAGCAGCAAGUUUGCCAAAAGCAGAGGUAGAGCUGCAAAGAAAAAAGCAGCUCUUCAGGCAGGUCAAGAGGGAAAUUGUGACAGUCCAGGCACACAGUUCUCAAAAUGGCCCGCAAGCCCCAGCUCUCACAGUAAUGAUGACUUUGAUAAUAACUGGAGCACUUUCAGACCUAGAACCAGCUCUAAUGCUAGUACAAUCAGUGGGAGGCUUUCUCCAAUUGUUCCAGAACAAGAUGACCUUGGAGAAGCAGAUGUACACGCCAUGGUCUACCCUCCAUCCACAACCAAAAUGGCUUCAACUCUCCCAAGCCUUUCUGAGAUGAGUAGUUCAGAAAACAUGGAGAACCUCCUGGAUAACCUCAAUCUUUUAUCUCCUAACACAUCCCUGACCGGAUCAACCCAGUCCCCACCCACUACCAUGAUGCAGCAGUCUCCCGGUUAUUCAUAUACUUCAUCCAACACAAGUAUAGGUUCGCCCAGUGCAGACUACAGGAAAUACAGUUAUGCUCAGCCUAGCAUGAACUCCUUGUCGCAGAUACCUAUGCAAGCUCUGCAAGAUAGUAAACCAAGCUAUGGAAACCUCAGCCAAUAUAACUGCCCUGUAGGACUUCUGAAGGAGUUGCUUACUUCUGACUCACCUCCACACAAUGAGAUCUUGGCAUCUGUAGAUACUCAUGUUUCCCAGCCUAGUGGCCGAGUGCUAGGACAGAAUGUAUUGAUGGCCACUAACUCGGCAAUGUCACCAUAUGGCAGCCAACAGGCCCAUAACAAAAUAAUUUCCCCCAGUGCCCACCCACACCAGGGACACGUCCAACAAACACCAGCAGUUAACAGUCAUACCUUGUCUCUCACACUUAGCACUGUGUCUCACGCAUCAAGUUUAAAUCGUUCAUCCGCCGCGAAAAACUCAGUACAAGUGCCUAUGAGCCACCCAAUGCAGAUGAACAGCAUAAACCCUUAUACAACUGUGAACAGCUGUAAUGGCUAUGGAAGACUGGGAAUUGUCUCUUUCCAUCAGGAGAAGCUUCCCAGUGACUUAGAUGACAUGUCGAUUGAACGAUUGGACUGUGAUAUGGAGUCAAUAAUUCGGAAUGAGCUCAUGGAUGGGGAAACAUUAGAUUUUAACUUUGACAGUGUGUUGCCUAACCAAAGCUUGUCGCAUGGCGUAAAGACAACAACACACAGCUGGGUUUCGGGAUAAGGCUGCAGUUUAAAGUACUUCAGACAUCUCUGACUGCAGGAAGUGAACAAGGAAGUCCAAAGAUGUCCUUCAACCUCUUUGCUUUUUCUUUUUGUAUUUUAUUUUCUCUUGUCAGACUUGGCAGCAGAUAGAUUUUUCCUGUACAGGAUGUUUGCAAGAUACUUGCAUAUUAUUUGCUGCUAUUGGUAAGAAAUGUGCCAUUGGAAAUGUCUUUAUUUGGAAGUGCCAAACUCACUACAGUGCCGUAGAAAAUACUUGUGCAUCAUGUUUUGCAUUGACCCAAGAAAAGGUUAAAGCUUUUAAUACUGUGAUAGUUUUAAACCUUCAUAACUUUCAUCCCAUACAUCUUUUGAUCUGAUGAACUCAUAGAGAGCUGCAGACAGACGGAUUAACUGCCUUAAGUGUAUUAAAAUUGUACAUUUUGUAUGAGAACACAUCGUGGAAUAUGAUCUAACCAAAGUUGUUGGCCAUUUGGACUUCCAAAUCAGAUAGCAGAUUGAAAGCUUUUGCUUUGUCGCCUAUGUGUUUGAUUAUGUAGAUUUAUUGUGGGGCUGACUUCCUGAUUGAUUUCAAUUUUAUUGAUCAACUUGAAUUUUUGUAAUAGCAUAUAGAUAUUUUUCUUAAAUCUCUACUUUGUUAUAUGAGCUCCUUAAAAACUUGCAGAAUCCAAGAUGCCUAAUAACAUUCAUAACAUUUUGUAUACAGUAUUUUAAGUAGAUUGGGGGGGGAUUUUAUUAGCACUGUGUAAGAUUUCUAAAGAGAAGACUUUUAGGUGUAAGUUUUGAUGGGAGGUGGUUUCCUGGCACAAAGGUGAUCUCUUGGUCUAUACAUACAGAAAACUUCUAUUUCUUAUAUUAACACUGACUACCCCAAAGUGUUAAGUGUUGUUAAAUGGUUUGUAUAUUCA